AUGUCCUCAUCUGACAUUCUGGUUGGAGCACGUUCGGACACCAUUCAAUGUGGGUAUCAUGAAUGGGACCUGCCUCCAACACACUCUGUCAGUGAGGAACCAGACUACAUCCAUCCUUGCCUUGCACACUAUCGAGCCCUCAUCUUGGAAGCAUCGAUACAGUCUUCGUUUUUGACGACCCACCUCGAUGCACUCUUCUUUGAGAUUUUUGCAAUGGACAAGAACAAUCCCAUGCCCAUUGAAGAUCUACAUGAAUUAGGCCUCCAGCUUGGACCCUGUGGAUUGGUGAACAUGCCCGACGAAGACACGGUCAUGGUCAGACCAUCACAGACAGCUUCAACUGUAGAAGUGCCUGCUUUCGUUCCUCAUAUGCAACGACCCAAUCCAGAGGACGUUCCCAAUUUGCCUGAUCCUCCAAGUGAUUCGGAAGGAUCGACACAUGGAGAAAAUCGUGGACCUCACCCACGCCCACCCUUGAGGCAUUUUCCAUCUUGGGUCGAGGAUCUAUGGAACAUACUACAGGACGAAGGAGCCACUGAACUCAUGGAAGAAGGCCCUGUGAUCUAUGUGGGAUCAUACUAUGUCAGCCAUGAAACAUGCAUCAGACAGGAGCAGAAAAGACCACUCCGGCUGAAUCGCAAUUAUGAGCAAUGGUCACGGCAGAUCAUUGACACCUGGCAUGACCAUUUCGAUCGCUCUUUGGGCUUCAGUGUGCAUCGUGUUCAACCUGAACCACCGAUACCAAUCACUCAAGGACUCGUUGGCGUACUUCUGGUGGUCCAACAUCCAGUACGAGGUCAAGAAGCAGUCCUGACCACAGUUCACCGUGAAGACCUUGAAGGGCAUCACAUACAUGAAGUGGCACAUUCCUUUCCCACCCUCAUUGACACGCAAGAGGUUUUGGCACGUUCCGAUGCAUUAUCACAAUGUCGUGAAGUUGAAAGGCAAGGAUUUGGACCUUGCUUUGUCAAAGCAGGAAACCAUGUCUUUGACCGCCUCAGGCCUUUGCGUGUACAUGAUGGACUUGGUUUGGUCAUUCGAAUUCCAAUCCUUCCACCUGAUGAUGAUUGGGAGCAUCGUGUCCUUGAGAGAAUUCGCAGAGGAGAACCACCAAACGAUCCGGCACAUGAUCAAGAGGAGGAAGAACCAGACCACCUCCACCUCAUGGCAAGGCAGUUUCGAUCAAGAUCUCGAUCGACAACAUCUCCUUCUGCGACACCGACGUCCACAAGUUCUGCAUGCUCGUCUGAAUCUGGCAUCUGGAAGCGCACGGUCGUCUUCAACCUAGAGGGCCAAGCUGAGUCGAUGCUUUUGCCUUGGGACGACGGACAAUUACUGCAUGAACGGAUUGCUGCAAGUUUUCAUUUGGAGGUCAAUGACAUUCAGACCAUCCAUUAUGUUGCAGAGCGGCCAGCAGAUCUCGUGGAAAUGGAUCUCCAAUGCAUGCUACUACAACGCACCAGUGACGCUUUGCAUCCUGCGCUGCCGAAGCUCUUGCUUGUCGACAUGGAGCUAUUUGUAGAACAAGAGAUCCUACCAUUUGCCUUCCGUCGGUAUGCCGAAUGGCUACCGCAGACGACAACCAGACUGACUUUGUUGCGCCUCCUUGGAGUUGCGACACUAUGUCAACAGCAUGCUGACAGAUGUUCAGUUUGGCACAACAACCAACUCAUCGAUGCUGAGAGGUCCCAUCCAAUGCAACUUCAAGAUGGGGAUUUUAUCCACAUCUUCAUUGGAGAUGCAGAUCAAGGGCUUUGCUAUCUGCCUGAUGGGGACCACACUGAUUUACUUCAACUUUCUGCUCCACGAAGCCACAAGACUAUGGACCAACAUGUCAAGCCGAUUGGCGCGACUUGUGAUCACCAUUGGAGAGCUUGGCCACGCCGCAGAGGACUUGCACAGGAAGAAGAAGAUGAUGGACACCAUCAACGAUUUCGGGAAUUGUGGGACCGCCCGAAUAGACGGAGCCGUGGACUCAUGAAUGAGGAAGUCCUGCUCUUCGAUACAUGGUUCCUCAGCAGCAUGACCUCUCCGCGAUGCUCAUCACCGAGGACCAUUGCCCUGCCAGCAAAUGUGGCACUAUGGCAAUUACGGCUGCGACAAGUAUGGAGGGAUCGGCUCCACCCACACUGGUCAUGUCGCUUUGUUCAUGUCAAGCCUGAUGGCAUUGGCACGAGACAUGGUGGACAUCUCAUUAUACUACAGUAUGCGCAUCCAGAUGAAGCAGGUGUGCUCUUUAGCAGCUACCAUGGCAUUGCUGCAGGUCAACCUGUUGACAGGUUUGCUCAACUGGUUCCACGCACUUUGACAUUUGAGCUGUACCUUAGGUUCCAAGCUCAAGCUCGACUUUGCCUUGAACCAAACAUUGCCUGCAAUGCAUUUCAUGGCGACGUGCACAUCUCACCGACUUCAGCUUGGAUAGCGCAAGACGGUCAUCACCUUGAACCUUUCAUUCAUCAUGAUCCAAAUUUGCCUGAUGCGGUCUCCCUCAUGCAGCGAAACAACCAUCCCAGAGGAGCACGCACGCAUGGACUCAAUCUGCCGGCAAGACCUGCUGAAUGUAGACCAUUCCAGUUCAAUGUAGAUGCGCCGGUUUUCAAUCCGCUUGGCGUGAAUCUGUUUGCUGCAAGUGAAUUUGUAGACUCACUUCAAAGAGCCUGGACUGACGCUGCAUUCUCAUGGGAAGAAGAAGGACCUUCCUGUCAAGUUGCUGUUUGGUUCAUUGACCACGGAUGGCAAUGGCCACAUGCCACAGCAUAUCGAGUGGUACGUCUACAUGAAGAUACCAGUGACUGGGAGAGACGCAUCAUUCACACAUGGCCGGAAUACAUUGUCCCGGGCGCUCUGAUUGAAUUGCACCUUGUGCAUCCCAAGCCCUGGACGCAUGACAACACAGUUGCCGGACAUGUUUUGGUCAUUCAGCGACCGCAAGAAGCAUGGGUCACAUCGCUCGUCACGGUCUAUGAUGACCUCAAUUUGCUUGCACCACCAAGACAGAUGGCAGUGACCACUCACGAGCACAUACUGCUUGAGGUGAUCCUCACAGUGCUGAAUCUACUACAUCAAUGCAUCGGACACCAACCAAGCUAUCAAUGCCAAGCACACUUCGACCAAGUUGAGCUCUUCAUCGGCAGAGCACUUAUGGGACGCUGUGGAUACGGCAUUGAUAUUCACAUGAGAGCACUCCCCCGACCUGUGCAGGCUGAAGCACCAGUUCUCUUACAACUGAGUACUCUACUACAGCGAAGAGAGCACAGCCCGGCCCCCAACGAGCGCCUAACAACUGACACGGUGGCUCACGGUCAGUGGCCGUUGGAGGGGCCCACAGACUUCCCUGAGAUUGGACAAAAAGUCCCACAAGACUGGGUCAUGCCUGAAGGUCGGGUCAUGGUGCGAAUCCAUCACAAUGCAACUUCUGAGACCGCCGACACAGUGCCGACUUAUGUAGAAAUGCCAUCAAUAUACAAUGAGGACGAGAUACAGCUGGAGCUGCGCGCAUGGGGACAUGAUUGCCAAGUCUUUCUUUGCGGAGCCCAUGAUGAUGUGUUUGUCGACUUCUCCUCCACUGGAUGCAUGGGACACUUCACAUAUGUCUUCUGUAGUCGAGAGACCGACAUCAAAGACGGCAUCCUUGUGCGAACCAGCCCCACAAUUCUUCGUGAUUUAGAUCACACGAGAUGGCUCCAUUCUCAAGGCUACACAAAGGCAGUCCUCAUGACAAAGGAAAGUUGGCACAACUUUCUGACAUGCAUUCACUUUGAAGAUGUCCAACCCAAGCAAGCUGUCACCGAGCGUCCAGCUCGACAAAGAACGCCUUGGCCGAGCCAACAGGAGGUUCAGACCGACUUCACGCAGCCCUUUCAGUCACAUGAGCAGUUGCCACCUGGAGCAGACUGCCUGAUCCAGCUUGACAUGCAAGAGCUACAUACAUUCCUGACAUCUGCCAAGAAGCUCCUCUGGACGGACUUUUCCAUACUGGAUUUGCCGGACUUUGUGAAGACAGCGCUGGAGGAAUGCCAACAGGUUGAGCGCAUUGACAGAUAUGUGAUUUUCACAGAUGGUUCCUCUCAGACACAGCUACGCCACAAACCACCUCUUUGGGUAGCUGAACAUGACAUCAGUGAUUCCUGGGCUUUCGCGGUCUUUGCAGAACAGUACGGUGAAGCACCAGGCCAAGCAUCGCGCAUGCAAUUCAUGGGCUUUCAGUGCCAUCAGGUCUUGUAUGACCCAGAAGCCCCACACUAUGUCGGCACGGAAAGGAUCAGCUCCGACUCAGCCGAAACUGAGGCCCUUCUAUGGGCGGGCUUAUGGCGGGUGGCCCAGAACGACAGAAUUCCGACGAUUUUUGUCAGCGACUCCCGUCUUGUCGGAGAUCAGGCAGCUGGAGGGAUCGGCACUCAGCUGGCCGAGCCACCAUUCUAUCGCCUCCGAGAGGUCUUCCAGACGCUUGAGGCGAUCCUGCCAGGAGACCAGCUACGAGUGGCCCAUGUGCGCAGCCAUGCGGGUGAUCCGUACAACGAGCUGGUAGACUGGUUGGCAAAACGUGAAGGACAAGGAAGCCUACACCUACCACGCCAGCCGCUGCACAUGAAGACCUUCACACCCAUGCUGAAAUGUCUUUGGAUGCUGGUACAACGACAAUGUGAUCUACCCAGGACUACACAAGGAGGUUUAGACGUAAGCCCAGUUCCUUUGCCUCCUAUCACAGUGGUGACCGAGAAGCCAGCAACUAGUGGCUCUGAGUCGACUCCAAGUCCCGCGAAAUUCCAGCUCAGUUUUGCCACGGCAAAUGUGCGAACAUUCUACAAAGGCAAUGAAGGCUUCGCUGGCAAGUUGGCUUAUGUUCGAGAACAAUUUGUCGCUCAUAAAGUCAACUUUCUUGGGCUGCAAGAAGCUCGAACAGAAUGUGGCUCGUCGCUUCAGCACCGAGUUCUACGUCUUGCUGGCGGCAGUGACAAAGGGCAGCUGGGUGUUGAACUAUGGAUCAAUCUUGGACAGCCAUAUGCUUGGCACGGAUCGAAACCAAGCUUCUUUGAACGCACUGACUUUGUUGUGGUUUCGACCAGCCAUCGACAUCUUCUUGUACAUGUCCAUAAUCAUGAUUUGGACUUUUGGCUCCUGACAGCCCACGCACCACACAGCGGAGCUCAAAUUGAGGUACGGGAAGAUUGGUGGCACCAGCUCACAACAUUGGUCACCACCUACACUGGGGAGAGCCACUUGGUUGUCAUGAUUGACGCAAACGCACCUAGCGGGCCCAGCGACGAGAGGCACAUCUUUGCCUUUGAUGAUCACGAGACGCCCACUACAAAAGUGCUUAGACAAUUUUUGCAGGACUGCCAAUUGUGCGCACCUUCCACGCUUGACAUCCAUGACGGACCACGUGGGACCUGGACAAGUCCAGUUGAUGGUUCACUACACCGCAUUGACUAUGUCCUGGUGCCUUGCAGCUGGAAAAGCUAUUGCACAUGGUCCGGGAAUCUGGAGGCUCUCGACUUUGGUCAUCUUGGUGACCAUCAAGCUGUUGCUGUUCAAGUUGACUGGCAUGGUGACAUCAAAAGUCCAUUACCAAGGGCACACAAAGGUGGACAUGAUCGCACAGCGAUCACGUCUGAGAACAUGGAAGCCAUUUUGCGUACAUAUUGCCCGAGUAGUUGGGACACUGACAUUGAGCAGCAUGUUGCUCACUUCAAUGCCUACGUCAAUCAGCAGCUACACACUAUGUGUCCACCACGCCGACAAGGGCCAAAGAAAGUUUCAUCACGACUGAAAUCUGGGAGCUACGUGCCAACAAGAUUCGCCUACAGCGAAGACAACGGCAACUCCAGCGAGAUGCCCGAAGACAGCUCAUGGCCGCGAUCUUCAGAUUGUGGAAAUGUCCAGAUGAUGGAGACAGUGGAACAGAAGCUUGAUGCCAUCGGAGUUCUUGAGACGAUCGAGGAUGUCACAGCGACUGGACUCUACCCCAGCAGUGACAAGAACGAUGUGGUCAAACAUACAAUGUUAGGCCCUACCUGGAUGGAUGACCUCUGCAUCACCAUCACAGGAGCAACAGCUGAGGGUGUUGAGAGUCGGGCCAGCGCGGCAGCCAGCAUCUUGUUGGAAGUAUGUACAGCGCAUGGUGUUUCUCCAAAUUUGGACAAGGGGAAAAGUGAAGUCCUCUUCAGUUUUCGAGGCAAAGGAGCACACCGGCUUCGGAGGAAGUAUUUCAGCAUGGCCCAGGGCCACAAGAUGGAGGUCCUCACGGAGUACGGCCACCACACCAUCACGGUUGUGGGACAAUACAAUCACCUGGGCAACAUUGCGCAUCACUCCGGGACUACUCACAAGGAGAUCCGACGCAAAAUUGCUCAAGGCAACGCCGCUUUCUCCGCACAGAGGCGCACGCUCUUCCAGAAUCCCCACUUUUCUGUCCGACAGCGUGCUGAUCUCUUCAACACCAUGGUGAUGAGCAAGGUCACAUAUGGCAUGGACUCUUGGCUCUUUGAGGACAAGCGCACGAAGUCAUACUUUCAUAGUGCCAUUUUUCGACUUUAUCGACGCCUUCUCAAGAUCAAGCCGGACGCGGCGAUAUCAGAUGAUAUCAUCUUGGAGCAAGCCCACCUUCCACAUCCUGACAUUGGACUGAGAAUCACACGACUUCGAUACCUGGCCCUGCUCUACAAAUGCGAGACGGUCACCCCAUGGGCAGUCAUCCGACAAGAUCAGGCAUGGUGUCAACAGAUCAUGGAGGAUCUACAGUGGCUAUGGAAUCUGGUCUCGCGCACCACCAAGCUCCGGGAUCCGAGGAUCCACUUUGCCGAGUGGGAAUACAUCCUCCGGUAUCAUCGGAGCUACUGGAAAACCAUCCUACAGAGGGCCCAGAAACUAUGCGCGCUCCAGCAUGAAGAUCGUCUUUUGCUCCGCACCUUGCACCGUGACACCCUGGCGAUGCUGGAGACACAUGGAACACUGCAAUCAGCGCCUGUGAAACCAGCUCUGCUAACGGCACAAUGUGCCAGCUUCUUUGGAUGCAUGCAAUGCCAGAAGAGAUGCCGAACCAGGGGCGGAGAAGGGGCGCACCUCUUUAAGGUACACGGCAUCACAGCCUUUGAACGACAGUGGAUCGCAAGUACGGCCUGUGAAGCUUGCCUCAAAGAGUACCACUCCUUCGACAAACUCCAAAAUCAUCUACGCACUGCGACAUCCUGCCGUGCGGUGCUUCAUGCAAGAAGACUUCAGCGACCCUUGGCGCCUGGCAUUGGAUCCAGUGUGAACUCGCAGCUGAGGGACCAACAUGAUGGUCUUUUGCCGGUCUUGCAAGGUAGUGGACCCCUUGAACAGCCAGUUCCACAACGUGCCAUAGAACGCCAUCACAACCAGCUCAUGGAGGCUUUGGCAAUUCUAGCGCUUGACUUCACUGGCUCUGAUGCUGAUGAGCUUUUCUUGCAGAUGAAGCAGAUCAUUCUACAAGAACCAAUUGGGUGGACGCAAACCAGGGAGACACUGGUCUAUUUGGCCGACUCGCUCACUGAAGAGUUCCUCGCAGAGAUCAGUGUGGGCAGAUUACCAUUCCUGGACGUUUUGGACCGCCUGGGAGAUCCCAACACCUGGGGGUUCUUGACUGAGGUGCUCUAUGACACGGCCAACUGUGACCACCUCUAUGAUCUCGAUCUCUACGAGCACUGGUGUGCGACACUGGAGAUCGCAGCCUCAAACGGCAUGGAAGAUGUCAUGGUCAUCUCCCUCGACAUCGUGAUUAACGAGGAAUGGGGGAACAUCGGCCGUGAGGAAGUGCAGAAGUUUUGGUUGGCCGCCAUCUUAGACGGCAAGGUCAUCGGCCUACUCAGUGGACCACCCUGUUGCACGUGGUCAGCAGCGCGAGGCAAGGUUGAUCCUUGCCUGCCCUCUGCCAAACAGAAAGGUCCACGCAUCAUCCGAACGCGGGCUGAGCUAUGGGGAAUGCAUUCGGUCUCCAUCAAGGACGCCUUGCACAUCACUGGUGGCUGCGGAAUCCUUGAGCAUCCGGGCGAGCCGACGGACAAGCAAGCUGCGAGCAUCUGGCGCCUGCCGCUAAUUCGGAUGCUGCUUUCCUUAGAGGGUUUUGACCUUUUGGAAUGUGCACAGGGCUUGUUGGGUGCUGACAGUGCCAAGCGAACUGGCCUGCUCACGCUCAACAUGCCGACAUUGCCACAAUUCAUUCGGGCCAAUGCUCUCUGCCGCAAUCUCCCCAAAACGCAAACGAUCGGGGUUGAUGAGCACGGCAAUUUCCGAACGGCCAAGUUAAAGGAAUACCCACCAGCUUUUUGUAGAGCCAUAGCUGAAGGAUUCCUUAACUCAUUCCCUUCCCGUGAGGGCAAGGACCUCCAGCCAAUGCCGCCAGCUUUUCUGUCAUGCUGUGCCACUAUGCACUGUAAAGACAUGGGCACGAACAUUGGAGCUGACUUCGCUGGCCAGUGCUAG